AUGGCCUCUCCACCACCCACCCUAGAAGCUAUCCUCAAUGGCUCCUCCCAAGAUCCCAAGACCAAUCCAUUCCUGGUACUCAUGCGCGGCCUGGAUGCGAAGCAGAACCCACCCGUAGACGCAUCACAAGCCAGAGAUCUCCUCGUAUCCGUCGCCACUUACAUCAUCAUCUUCCUGGUCUGUGUCGCUAUUAUCUGUCUGCCCUAUCUUCAGGGCGCCGGUGGUCACAGGAGACGACAUUGGAUGAUUAAGCGUCAAUACCUCGAUGGCCAUUCACAGCCUUACUGGAUUCCUAACAGUGGCUUGAUUGUUGCGGGAUGCCAUCUGGUUGGGAGCACCUUUUUCCUCGUCUUCCUGGGACUUCGGUACCAAGAUUUCAAGUCAGGCUAUGUAGCCGAUGCGUUCUAUGGUUCUGCGUGGCUGGAAUUGCGAUGGUAUCCUAGUUAUUGGUCAUUCUUCACGCAAGCGUGGAGUACUUGGUUUGUUCGAGCCUCUGAUGCAUCUCUUAAGGGGAAAAAGAAUGGGAUCCACCCGUUGGUCUUUAAUGCCAACCUGAUAAUAUUCCCCACGACCGCCUUAAUCUCAGCACUGGUUCUGAUUUCGGCACAGGUAGCCUCGAUGAGUUCGCAGGUCGACAGCUACAAGACCCUUAUUACCUCACUUAACCUACUCAGUCUUCACUGGCAACAAGGCGAGAAUACCCUCGGCAGCCCCCAGUUCCGGACCGCCUCAGCUCAAUACACCGAGUACGGCAUGAAAUCCUCAUAUAUGCUCGCUAGGUUCAAGGACACUGGAUUGUUCUGGAAUUUCAUGGCUGUACCCACCUUCAUCUUUUACGUCUUUGGUAUCUCGACUUUACUCAGAGUCAUGCAUAAACGUUUCCAGGCGGUCAAGAGUGAAUCUGACCAACAGAGCACCAUCAGUCAGACCGAUUCAUUCGCGAAACGCUUGUUGAAAAAUCAUAACAAGAACAAAUCGAGCCAGCUUCGGACUAGCUUCAUUUACUUGGGGGUCCAUUAUAUGUUGAUGACACUUACGCUGCUUUACCACAUUAUUAUCGGCUUGACCUUUUAUCACUCGGGUGAGGCGGCGAUGGUCGACAAGCCGUGGUUGGAAUUGUUCAUGGUGUUAAGUAACUCGGGCUCAUAUCUCUUACUAUGCGCACUGGUUGUCCAACUACUUCGAAUCAUUUCUGAGGGUUGGGAACAAGCCAGCGAGACCACGAGUAGUAGCAAGAGCGAGAAAACUAGGGAAUACGAGGACAGCCUCUCGGAGUCCAAGAAUUGCCAUCCGGAUAUCAAGUUAAUGACGUGA